UGAUGUUUCGAUGAUCUACUCUUUCUGAUUUCAAUGUUUCUGGGGUGGGUCGGAUGUAGAAUCUGAUGCUCGUAAGCAAAGCCGAUCAAUUCUUCGUUCUUCCCGUCUUGAUGAGCGUCUCUUUCGAUGUUGAUGGGCCUAUGCACGGUCUUGUUUUCUUUCUUUUGGAUGGCUUGAUCUGCUUCAAAGAUGCCGGCCACUGCAGGAAGGGUUCGCAUGCCUGCGAACAAUAGGGUUCACAGUAGUGCAGCCCUUCAAACCCAUGGUAUAUGGCAGAGUGCGAUUGGGUACGAUCCUUACGCUCCCAACAAGGAUGAGUCGAAGAGUUCGGCUCCCAGUAAGGCUGCCGCUGCGGAGCCCGAGGGCGAGAACGCCUAUGCGAGCUUCCAGGGUCUGCUUGCCCUUGCCCGUAUUACUGGGUCAAAUGCCGAUGAGGCCCGUGGCUCGUGCAAGAAGUGUGGCCGUGUUGGGCACCUGACAUUUCAGUGUAGAAACUUCUUGAGCGUGAAGGAGGAUACGGAAAAGGACCCGGAGGCUGUGCAGGCUGCACUUGCAUCUUUAACUGGGUUGGAUAAGCUGAAGGGGAAGGCUAACAAGCUGAAUGGCAAGACUGAAGCAGAAAGUGAGGAGGAUAGUGAGGAGGAUGAAAGCGAGUCUACAGAUUCUGAUGUGGACUCAGAGAUUGAGAGGUUAAUUGCCAAACGCCAGGGGAAAAAGGUCAGCAGUAAGGGUAGCGAAGACAAUUCAUUGAAGAAGAAGAAGAAGAGGAGGGAUGAUUCGGAAGAUGAUGAUGCGGACAGUGAUCCUGGGGAGAGAAAGAAAAGAGGGAGGUCAAAGAAGAGAAAGAGUGGAAGGAGAAGAAGUAGUCUCUCUGAGGAUGAGGAUGAAUCAAGAAAGAAGAGGAGGAAGGAGAGGAGAAGGAAGAGGGAUGAGUCAUCAGAUGAGGAGGAGCAUAGACGGCGGCGCCGGAAGAGUAAGAAUGAGAAAAGGAGGAGGAAGAGUCGUAGACAUUCAGAUGACUCUGACUCGGACGAAUCAGGUGAUUCUGGUAGGAGGCACAGGCGGAAGAGCCGGAGGAGGGUAGCUGCAUCUUCUGAUUCUGGAGCGGGUACCUCAGAUGACUCGCGUGUUGGUAGGGAUGCAAAGCGAUCUGGGAAGAGUAGCAGAAGAUACCGUCAUAAAGAGGAUGAGUCUAGCUAAGAUAGAUUCGGAGGGUGAGGACAUGGUGUUUUCUGUGGAAAUCGUUUUAGCUGAUGCAGAGGAUGGCGAUUGAGCGACCUGUUGUGUGCAUUGUUGAGAAAGCGGAAAAGAAAAGAGUGUGCAAGUGUGUGGAUUUAUGUUCUUGCUCCUCUUAGUAUUCGUUGCCCUUUACUACUGCAAGUGUGCUAAUGGCGUUGUUAUCGUAUCUACAUAUCCAUGACUUAUGGGUUGUUGGACAGUAUAUUUGCUACCUGCAUUUUAUGAAUAAUGUCAGCUCUUGAGAUUUCUCUGA